ACAGAAAUGAAAGGUCCAGGGUUGAGGAGGGAAAAGCUAUAAAUAGAGGAGAGUAAGGUGGGGAUAAUCUAAGCAGGAGCCCACAGUGUGAAUUGAGGGUCCAUCAAUAGUGCUGUAACAACUAGUGUAAAGCCAGAGUCCACUGACAAUGCAGUGACCCCCAAUGUCAAGCCAGAAUCACCUGGGAAGAUUUGGUCUUAGCUUUUAGGGACAUAUCUCCCCAGGCUCCUACGCACAUUUUGAUUAUUCCAAAAUUAAAGGAUGGCCUAACUGGUUUGUCUAAGGUACAAUUUUUUUUGUCCUCAUGACUAACUGAGCAGUAAAGAUAUAUGCCCUCUAUCAUAGAGGAAACUACAAUUAUGGCUGGGUAUUAAUUUGGAAAAAAAGUACGGAGUAUUGUUAAAAGAAUGCUGCUCAAGUUUUGUCAAUUUGAUUUGCCUUUUGCGUUUUGCUCACUCUUGAUGCUGUAUGAGGAAAAGAAAGAGAAGGAAAAUAGGAGUGAAAUUAAAUGGAAAUUGUAUCGAGAAAUUCUGGUGGUAAAGACUAAGAGAGUCUUAGUGGUUAUAAGAAGGUGGGGAACUGAAAGAACAUCAAUGCUGAGGAAAACCUUAAAACUUGAUAUGCAAGUAUUGAUAGGUAUAGGCCAUAAAUCCAUGAGAUAAAUUGAGCUUCUAAAUAUAUCCGUACAAUGAAAAACCCUAAUAAAACCUUAAAGCAAUAUCCAUUAUUCAUCCUUGUUGGAAGAAAUUGUCUUUAGAGUUAAAUUGCAUAUACCCCUCCUUCCUUGAGUCAAAAUAGAUGACCUUCCCAAUGAACAGAAAUUAUGUCACUGAGUCUAGAAUUAAAAAGCUCAUCACCAAGUUAUUUCAAUCCAUCAACUUAUUGCAAUCACUAAAACACUUGUAAGGUGUGUAAUGAAACAAACAUAAGGCUCAAAGAUGUCCGAUGAAAUAAUUUAGUGUUAGAAUUUGCAAUUUGUGUAUCCAAGGCUUGUUCAUUUGUUUUCUAUGUCAUAAUCAUGUUUAAGGUGUCAUGUAUUUAUUAUAAGUUUUGACAUUUUAAAAUGAUUGGUGUUAUAUUGAUUUUGAUAUGUUUUUGUGCUUGUGUAAUACUGUAUUUUAGCUAUUUUUCUUGUGUCGUGUACAAUAUUACCAGGUCUGUUUAGUAACAAUAUUUUCUCCAAAAGGUUUCUCUUUUUAGGACGUCGGCCAUUCAUAUUAACCCAAGGUAUCUCUCUCUACAAUCUGAAGUGAAUUUCUACAAUCUCUCUCUACAAUUUCUGCUGUCGGUAAGUGUUAUCCCAGCAGUAAGGGUCCUAAAUUUCUUUUGACGGACAACUGAUUUAGGCAAACCCGAAUAAGAUCGCUUGAAAUGUGAAGCUGAUAAUCACCUGCAUCUAUGAUCUUCAUGCUCUGCUCUUUUGCAACAGGAAUUUAGCAAUAUUUUUGUAUGUCUAUUGAAAUUAUCUUCAAUCUUAUUUUCACGUUUGAGUCAGCCAUUCAUUUCUUUCAGUGGUAUGUUUUCAGUUCUUUAUUCGAUAUGUAGGUUUCUCUACCAAUGCAUCAUGUGCAAAUUUGAAAGGACAUGCUAAUGUGUUUUUACCAGGGAACUAUAUCUAACUCCUUGUGCUAUUGCAGAUGGAUAUACCUUCCAGUUUGGCUUUAUCUUUCCUUUUCUUUCUGCUACUAUCUUUUUCUUUUUCUUUUGUUUUUAUUUAUUUAUUUUCUCUUCCUCCCUUUCUUUAAUACCCAGAUUCUAUCUGGGUCUCAUUCCAUUUUUUUCCUGAUUUUUUUUUUUUUUAGCUUUUGUGUAACCACGUGCCAAAAAAAACACUUGCUACAGCAGGCUAUUGAAAUCCCACCUUUCAUUGGAUUGUAAUUUAAGGUAUGAUUUUCACUUCGACUAACUUUUUCUUUUGACGUCUUUUUUAGUUUCAGACCUAUGCUUAUCUUCUCUUAUUUCUGUGGGUAUUGUGGUUUUCAUCUCUGUUUUAGUUUUCAGAUUUAUGCUUCUUUUUUAGUUUUUUCAGUGUGUUUUUGUUAUUCGUUUUGUGUUCAGCCUUAUGAAACACUGCUUAUAUUCGUCUUUUUAAAUCUUGAGAUGUCCUCAUUUUUUUUGAUAGUUUAUCGCUUGGUGUGUGUUCUAUUUUUUUUCGAUUGUUUGUCUCCCUCUGUAUUUAAGGACAUUUUCUUACAAAUCUUUCAGUCCUAUUUAUGAGAUUUUAUAGUGAAGAUAUGUUUCUAUCAACUAUACAAGUAUCUACCCUAAAACCCUAACUGAUUAGCAGAAAAUAAAUGGAAACAUUUUCUUGUUUCUUUCCCUAUUAUUCUCUUGAUUUUCCCUUAAAACUAAUUAAAUCAUACUGAGUUUUUAAAUAUUUUCAGAGAAUUUGAGAUUAGAUAUUCUCACGACGAGGUUUUAGUAAGUACUGUGAUAUUGGGUUAGCUUGCGUGGGAGCAGAUUUUUCUAGUGUUUUGUUGUAGUUAAUAUUCAUUCUUAUUUUGCCUGGGGAUAUCCCAUUCCGGGACAAAUUACUUCAAGAAUAUCCCCAAUAUAUCCUGUUCCGGUUCAGUUGUUUUUUGCCCGGUUCAGUUGUUUUAGUAACCGGCUCAGAUUUUUUACUUGUUUGAGCAGGGAUACAUGUAAUUAUUCCUGCAAGUGAUAUCCCGUUCCUGUGAUAUCCCAGUUGGGGAUAUCUUACUCUACGGAUAUCCCGGUUUGGGGUCUAAGGGUUUUAGGCUUGGGGCUUCGGUUUGAGGCUUAAGGUUUACGGUUGAGCUGGUGUUUUCGGCCUUUUAUUUUAGUGUUUGGGGCUGUGGACUGCUUAAAUUUUGGUUACUGGGUUAUUGAGCUCAGGUUGUAACCAAUGUACUGGACUGGUUUUGGGCCUUCAUUUAGUUAGUUAUAUGGGCCCUUCUACUAUUAUUUUGUUCUCUUAAUUUGGGUUUUAUUCAGUUUUGUGUAUAUACUAUUUAUUUAGUUAUUUUAAUGUCCAGUACGAUAUUUUUUUUCAAAAAAUAAAAUAAAAUUCAAACCGUUUUUAAAAUAAAUAAUAUAAAAACUAUUUCUUCAUUCAUCUCUCUCACGUUCGGUUCUCCCUUGAUUCUCUCCUCUUUUCCCCUUUUUUCUACUAUUUUUCUUCUUUUUCUCUCUUCCUCCUUUAUUCUUCUCCUUUCUAACAAAGCGCUGCCGCUUCCUCCACACACUUUCCAGCGUCUUACCUCCGAUCAGGCCAGCUUCCUUCCCAUCAUUCGAAAUUUAAAUCCUCAAAUAUAUCUAUACAGUCCAUUGCCCCCCAUUUCUUCGAAGAUUCUCUCUCACUCUCGGUCUCUUUUCAACGUUUUCCUGCCAUUCUUUUUUAGCUUUGGGUAUCCACAGGCCAAAAAAAGACACGCUAGAGUAGGAAGAGAGUUUUCGUGAAAGAGAAACCCUAAGUUUUGUGGUUCCGAUUUUUCUUUUCACGUCUUUUUUAGUUUCAGACCUCUGCUUAUCUUCUCUUAUUUCUGUGGGUAAUGAGAUUUUAUAGUGAAGAUAUGUUUCUAUCAACUAUACAAGUAUCUACCCUAAAACCCUAACUGAUUAGCAGAAAAUAAAUGGAAACAUUUUCUUUUUUCUUUCCCUUUUAUUCUCUUGAUUUUCCUUUUUCAACAAGUAAAAACAUUAUAUUUAAGAGAAAACUAAUGAAAUCAUACUGAGUUUUUAAAUAUUUUCAGAGAAUUUGACGUUAGAUAUUCUCACGACGACGUUUUAGUCAGUACUGUGAUAUUGGGUUAGCUUACCUGGGAGCAGAUUUUUCUAGUGUUUUGUUCUAGUUAAUAUUCAUUCUACUUCUCUAUGGGGGAUACCCCAUUCCGAGAUAAACUAUUCCACGAAUAUCGGCAUUAUAUCCCGUUCCGCUUCAGUAUUUUUGGUGCCCGGUUCUGCUGUUUUAGUAACCGGUUCAAUUAUUUUACGUGUUUGAACCGGGAUACCUGUCGUUGUUAUUCCUUGCAGGGAUAUCCCAUUCCAGGGAUAUCCCGGUUUAGGGGUUUAAGGGUUUGAGGCUUGGGGCAUCGGUUUGAGGCUUAGGUUUGUAGUUGGGCUGGUGUUUUUGGGCUUUCGUUUUAGUGUUUGUGGCUGUGGACCGCUUAAGUUUUGGUUACUGGGUUAUUGAGCUUAGGUUGUACCCAAUGUACUGGGCUGAUUUUGGGCCUUCAUUUAGUUAGUUAGAUGAGCCCUUUUAUUAUUAUUUUGUUCUCUUAGUUUGGGUUUUAUUCAGUUUUGUGUAUAUACUAUUUAUUUAGUUAUUUUAAUAUCCAGUCCGAUAUUUUUUCAAAAAAUAAAAUAAAAUUCAAACCGUUUUCAAAAUAAAUAAUAUAAAAACUCUGUCUUCAUUCAUCUCUCUCACGUUCGGUUCUCCCUUGAUUCUCUCCACUUUUCCCCUUUUUUUUACUAUUUUUCUUCUUUUUCUCUCUUCCUCCUUUAUUCUCCUUUCUAACAUAGCGCUGCCGCUUCCUCCACACACUUUCCAGUGUCUUACCUCUGAUCGGGCCAGCUUCCUUCCCAUCAUUCGAAGUUUAAAUCCUCAAAUAUAUCUAUACAGUCCAUUGCCCCCCAUUUCUUCGAAGAUUCUCUCUCACUCUCGGUCUCUUUUCACCGUUUUCCUGUCAUUCUUUUUUAGCUUUGGGUAUCCACAGGCCAAAAAAAAGACACGCUAGGGUAGGAAGAGAGUUUUCGUGAAAAACCCUAAGUUUUCUCUGGCUUUUCUGGUUCUUGUGAUUUUUGAAAUUCGCUGCUUCAACGGUGACUCAUUUCAGGUAUCAAUCUCUUUUUAGUUUCAGCUCCAUGCUUUUUUACUUGUAUUUCAGUGGAUUUUUCUUAGGGUUUUUGGUUUUCAGCUUUAGAAAUACUGUUUUGUUCCGUCUUUCAGAUCUAUAGAUGUCGGUCUUGUUCUUCAUUUUUGUUUGUUUAUCGUCUACUACUUGUUGUACUUUAUUUUUGGAUUGUUUGUUUCCCUCUGUUUAAUAUUAUAGCUUUUGUGUUAUUAUCUAUUUCUUUUAAAUCUUUGUUUAGCAAAAUACUAAUUGCCUAAACAAAAAGCAUCCGUAUGUAAAUUGUUUAGUGCAUCUGUGUUGGCUUGAUUUUAGUUCUAGGAACCCGGUGGGAGUUGUGACGCAUGUAGAGUUUAUUUGGUAGUUUUUCUGGAUGGUAAUAACACGUCAUUUUAAUUUGUUGUGAGUUGUGACAUUCUGUUUCUUAGUUUUCUCCAAAAGUCUGUACUUUAGUUUUAAAAUAAUAAUAAUAAUCUAAUUGGGAUGUUUGUUGAUAUUGAUAAGAAUUGGAGAAUUUCAACCGAUUUGCUAAUUGCAAAGGUUUUUGUCGAUUUGGGCUUCAUGAUCAUUUACGGUGGAGGUUGUCAUGAUUCGUGUAUGCAUAUAUGUUUUCUUUUCUUUUUCAUACUGCUAGGUGCUUGCAUUAGUCAGUAAGUAUUGGGUAUAUUUUCUUUAAAAUUGUUGGGAUUGUCUGAGUUCUGUUGGGUAUGAUUUGCAAAUGGAUUUUGAUUGGAAGUUUUAGGUAGACCAUGGUAUCUCUGUAUAUCAGCUGAAUGGGAAGUUUUGUGUGAUUAUUGAUAUAUCCAUUUGGUGAAAAUACUCUGAUUUUGGUUAAAGAUAGAAUUAUAUUCAUCUGUGUUAGCUAGCCUUACAUGAAGGGAAAUUGAGUUGUAAUCUUUUAAAUGAAUAGGUUCUAGUCUCAAUCCGUAGAUUAACAUAAUUUUAAUUUGCUUAUUGGUAGAUGCUUUUUUACUUGUAUGUCAGUGGGUAUUUUUAUGAUUUUUUUUUCCUGCUUUAUAAAUCCUUUGUCUUUGCCUUUUCAUCUCUGUUUUUAGUUUAAUAUGUAUGCUUCUUUUUACUUCUAUUUUCUGUGUGUCUUUGUCAUGGUUUUUGGUUUCACCUUUAGAGAAUCACUGUUUCAUUCCUUAUUGGAAACGAUUGAUGUUAGUGGUUAGAUACCAAAAUUGAUAAUUUAGUACCAAAAUGUGAAUAAAAAUUGAAGUAACAAAAAUGUUAAAGAAAUAUAUAAAAAAUUUAGAAGGCUAAAAUGGUGAAUAAAGUCAUUAAGAAAAAAACCUAAGGUUCAGUUUUUCUCAAACCCUACCAUAAUAUUGUGUCCAAAAUACUCGCAACGUGGAGAUCUCGAAUGGUGCAUGCAUGGAGAUCUCGACAAGGUCCACGAGACCAUUAAAUACAUCGAAAAUACUCGCAACAUCAAAAUCGACCUCCUCCUUUGUUGCGGUGAUUUCCACGUUCUUUCUCUCACUCUCACUUUCUCCCUUCAAUUUGCUGUUUUUAUAUGAAAAUUUGUCACUUUCCAAAUACUCAUUUUUUUAUAUGAACUUAAUUUAUUUUUUCCCUUGGAGUGAAAGAGAUAUGGAUAGCCUCAAUGUGCCUCCAAAAUAUAGGGAGAUGGAAGUCAUUCUGGAUAUACUAUUCAGAUCCAGCAAGGAACUAUUGGAAGCAAGCCUGCUGCUCAGCUGCUUGAAAAACUCAAAACCAUCAUAUUGGUUUUCAGCUCACUCGCACUGUAAAUUCACUGCUCUUGUUGAACAUGAAGAGGGUGGUGAAGUGACAAAAUUUCUUGCACUCGAUAAAUGCCUUCCAGGGCUCAAGUUCUUGCAGAUUGUUGCUAUUGAAUCUGAUCCAGGACCUUGUGAGGUUCAAUAUGAUGAAGAAUGGCUGGCAAUAGCAGGAAAAUUCUGUCUUUCCUUUGACCUUUCGAUGUGGAGACUUUGGGUGUACUAUUACUCUCCAAGAACUAGUGAGCUGACAACUGCUGUUCUAAUAUGUAGGAGAACACAGCUCGACAUGCAAGAUUGUCGUCAAUUGGUUAAGAGCAGGAUAGAAGACAGAGGAGCCAAACCUUGUGAAUUUUCUCAAACAGCUCCACCUCACAACCCCUCUCAUUCAGUUUCAAACACUACUUUUUUCUGGUUCUCCCCAUAAUCCUCAGACUGUUAUCUUUCUUGGAAUUGCUAGAUCUUCCUUAUGUUCUUGAUAAUGCAUCAGACUCCAGGGAUACUCCUGCUUCAUUGCCUCGAAAAGAUGAUUACAGUGAAGACAUUCCUAUUGAAGACGAGGAUGAAAUAGAAGAUGAUGCAGAACCGAACAAUGAAAACAGGUCCUCAUCAAUGUCAAUAAUGUUUUCUAUCAACCAAGAGGUUUAUUAGUGCAAAAAGAUUGAUGGCAAUAUCUUGCUAUUCCAUGAGGCUUUACUGAUUUCUGAAGUUGGCAGCUUAGUUUAAUGGCCCACACUUUUCCAACUUUCAUCAGCAGAGGAGAGCUCCUAUGCAAGUUGUGGGGUUUGUUGUUUCCUUUUUUCUUCAAAAUGGAUAAAUCACAAUAGCAUGGGGUUGUAUCUUGCUUCUUGCAAAUUUAGUAAUUUGUUGAAUUCCGACAUCCAGGAACAUCGGACAAGCCAUGGCACCCUUUUUCAGGCAUGAACUUAUUUCUUUUUCAAUAAGCAAUUUUUAGACAUGGCCAUUGGUUUCAAAAUGGUAGCUAGAUCUAGAUAUAUGGUACAUGGACACUGCCGAGAGUUUAUUUGGUAGUUUUUCUGGAUAGCAUGUCUAUUUAAUUCGUUGUGAGUUGUGAUAUUCUGUUUCUUAGAUUUCUCAAAAAGUCUGUACUUCAGUAUUAAAAUACUAAUAAUAAUAAUAAUAAUCUAAUUGGGAUGCUUGUUGAUAUUGAUAAGAA